UCACCCCAAACUUUUACGUAUCACCAAACUUGAACCCUACGAUAAAUAAACCAUCUCAUCUCAGCGCAUCCCUUCUCGCUCUUUCUAUCAGAACUCACAACCACAAUGACUCCCUCACUACAAGACGCCAAGAUCACCUUCCUGGGCGGAGGCAACAUGGCCGCCGCCAUCAUCGGCGGCCUCCUCGCCAAAAACAUCCCCAAGUCCAACAUCUACGUCUCCGAGCCCUGGGACGUGAACCGCAACAAGAUGGCCGACCUAGGCGUCAAGACCACCGCCGACAACAAAGAAGCCGCCGCCGACGCCGAUGUGGUCAUCCUCGCUGUGAAGCCGCAGGUCGCCAAGGGCGUCUGUGAGGAGCUGAGCUCUGCUUGGGCCAAGAGGGAUAGUCUGCCUGUUGUUAUUUCCAUCGCGGCGGGUAUUACGCUGGAGAGCAUUGCGCAGUGGUUCAAGGGCGAUGCGGGUGAGGCGCCGCAUAUUGUGCGUGUUAUGCCGAACACACCUGCGCUUGUGGGUGAGGGUGCGAGUGGGCUUUAUGCGGCGGGGGAUGUUACCAAGGAGGAGAGGGAGUUGACGUCUGCGCUUUUGGGGAGUGUGAGCAAGGCUGCUGAGUGGGUUGACAAGGAGGAGCUUCUUGAUGUCGUCACUGGUAUCUCUGGCUCUGGCCCUGCUUACUUCUUCGCUUUCGUCGAGCAUCUCAUCUCCAGCGGUAUCGGCCUUGGUCUCUCUGAAGAGCAGGCUACUCGUCUCGCCACACAGACCUGCCUUGGUGCUGGAAAGAUGCUUGUUGAGUCUUCUGAUGAGCCCGCUCAACUGCGAAAGAACGUCACCAGCCCUAACGGUACUACGCACGCUGCUCUUGUUAGCUUCGAGAACUCUGGCCUCAAGGAAAUCGUAGACAAGGCAGUCAAGGCUGCUGCUGACCGUGCGAAGGAGCUUGGAAAGAACUAGAUAGCUGCGUGUAUUAUGGGAAUGGUACGCAAUUCAUGAAAAUAAAAGUAAAACUGUUAAUAAAGGAUGCCUGGCUUUUAAUUUUAUGCUGGGCUUUGUACUAGGUGCCCAGGGGAGGACCUAGAGACCUUUCAAGAAGCUAUGGGAUUGUGCUAUCGGAUCAACUCCAACAUGAAUACGCAGUGCAGAGCAAGACUAUUCUAGACGAUAUUUAUUCACCUAGUUAAAGCUUCAGAGCCUUCGAGCACUGUUCUAACGUGUCGCCUGAUGCUUAGUGCUGCAAUCAAUAGAGGCAAGUGCCACAGAAAUCCUCAAGGCA